GGCACGGGACCGAGCACGCGUCCCAGUCAGGUCCGUAGAUGACGCAGGCCUUUGUCUAGCACUCAAGCUUCCCGUCUCGACUCACCCGCCGCGCCUCAACACCCGCCCGCACCGCAUACCGCAGACACGCACUGCUCGCGCUACCGAAAGCACCUCCUGCACCAUUCCCGCUGUUUGAAUGAGCCCUUCGCCCGACCCCGCAGCCGACCACACGCACCCCGUCUCCAAUCUUACCUACCUGCACCAGCAGCAGCGCAGCCGCAACAGGGUGCUGGACAGCGCGCAGGCCCGCGGCCGGAAUAUCUCGCGAUAUGAGCUGGGAAGAAGAGAUAGGUAUGGAGAGCGGGUUACGCGCAUAUAUCCCCGAGAGAUAACAAAGUCCCCACCCACGGCAAAGAGGUACUCCUCCGCCUCCCCUACCGCGCCCCCUGCGUAUAAUGCGACAACCUCCCCUCUGCUCUCGGCACUCGGCGCCACCAAGACUGCCGCACAAUAUACAAACGAGUGGACCAAGUCCUUGCCCUUCUUUGCGAACCAAGCGUCCCCGGGUAACGGCGGCAUCGCCAUCAACGGCUCGCCUCCGAACUUCCACAACUCGCCAGGCCAACAGGCCAUGUCCAACUCCCCUCCGGCAGCGGGCAUGAGACCCCUGAGCCAUCCAAACCAUUAUACCAGCUUCGGCGGCCGGCUGCAAAGCUCGCCUCACGAAUCGCCAGCACGAGACCGUCGAGCUUCCAUGUACUCGCAAUACGGAGUCAGACCGCCUUCUGGCCACUUUGCUGCGAACCCGCCCCUGCCCCAUCAACCGCAGGCGCAUUUCUACAACCUCCCUGACUUCGAUCUUGGGUUGAAUAACGUGCCAGACGAGGGCAUUACUGCGGGUGAAGGCGGAUACUACUGUGGCUUCGACACCCUUAGCAUGGCAGGAGACGAGGCUGCGAGAGGGGCAGAAAAUGUCCUGGUCGUCGGGUAUCAGGGCGGGAUCGAUGUUUUCCGGGUUGAGAAAGGCAAGAUGGAUGUUGUCGGCCGUCUAGAAGGCCUGAGGGGAAGUGUUGUAGGAGCGAAAGUCCUCCCUUGGACCUGCCGUAGAGACCCCCUGUGCGCUUCCAGACCCUUGAUCGCUCUUACGCUUCAUGGACCAGUUCUCGGAGAAGCCCAGAGCAGCCACAGCGGAAGCGGACCCUCUUCCGUGAUCGAUGACUCUUCGUCAGGAUCUCCGAGCCGGCCCUCUUCCCGGCGCGGGGACGACUCUGCCAGCAGAGUUGCCAAUUACCAGACCACAGUGGAAGUGUAUUCGUUGAAAGAGAAACGGAGAAUUGCCGUCCUCUACCAGAGCCCUCUAAUCCCGGUUGUUAGUCCUGUCGAUAGCCCGAUGUUCCAACCGCCGCCUCCUGUUGGCGAUUUCGUGGUCGAUGCUAAGGGCAAAUUUGUCGUGGUGGCGUCCGGUGAAAGUGGUGAGAUCUUCGUCUUCGCUCCCUACCUGAAAGACCACGAAGACUAUCAAGAGAGAUUUCGAUGCAUAGGAAAGGUCUGGACGUCCGUUCAGUUCCGAGAGCGGGUUUCUCACUCCAGUACCUCUAGUGCCGCCGAUGGCAGCCUGGAGGAUCUACCGCCUGAGAAGUACGGAGUACCGAUUUUCUCCCUUUCCGAUCGUUGGUUAGCUGUUACACCGCCGGCAUCGACUGCUCUGUAUCCCGUCAAUGGCGUUGCUCUCGUCUCGCCCCACUAUGAGCGGCCGCCCGGCCUAGCACAUCACACCGUGCCACCUCAACCCUCGCCAAACUGUGCUGUGGAUGCCCCUGAAGCAGCCAGUUUGAUCAAUCGCCUAACGAGGGAGGGCACCCAGGUAGCGAUCAAGGGCGCGAGAUGGGCUACCGAAAAGGGUAUCCAGGCUUUCAAGAGCUACAUGAACAAGGGAUCGCAGGCUAACGGGAACGCAAAUGUCCCUUACGGCUCAGAGCCAACGCAGCAGUACUUCCCACCGACUCAUGGCCAUAGCCAAACCCAGCCGAGGCAGGAAUCCACCGUGAUAUCAAUUUUCGAUCUGCAGAGGCUUCAAGAUGCUGAAGAGACCAAGAACAAGAGCGCUCUACAUGCGGUCGCUACCAUUCCUGCCGCCCUGGGCUGCAGCUUUCUCUCGUUCUCGCCGAGCGGCUUGUUGCUCAUGACUGUCAGCAAGAAAGGCGACUUCCAAGACGUAUGGGACCUCAAACGCAUGAAUUUCCGCCGCGCGCGCAAAACAAUGCGGGAACAGCCCACCGGACCGUACGUACGGCAGGUCGCUAGAUUCGCGCGAAUGACCGUCACCAAUGUUGUAGAGGUAGUCUGGUCCGCGCCGAGAAUCGACAAGCUCGCCGUCAUUACGGAUAAAGGCACUGUACAUAUGUUCCUGAUGCCGGCAUCCGCCUUCCAAUGGCCCCCCCAAAGACGCAUUCGCAAGCCGAACGAAGCCUCGAAGUCCAAAGAAGACGCUACCGCUGGGCGUGGUGGUGCCGUCAGCUCUGCCAUGCAAGCUAUCAAUGGCACAGCGAAGCCGUUCCUUAGCGCUAUGCGCCCACGCAACAAUAGCAACGGCUCGCGCUUCACACUGAGUAGUCUCGGUAUGACGCCCGCUGCGGGAGCUAAAUCAGGCAAGGCCGUUGCUGCUGGAGUGGGCAAGUCGAUUAACAAUAUUCGGCAUGCUGGCGAUAACAAGCUCACGCUUCCCACCUCUCCAAGCGGUAUCAAGCCUCACAGCGUGCGGUGGUUGACUGGGAAGGGCCGAGGAUCGAUUGCUUUGGUCUCUGGCGGUGUGCUCCAGAUAUAUCGUGUGCAUAUGCGACCCGCUACCGGCAAAGGCAAGUCUGCUAAUGCGACUUCUAUUUCGAAGAAAAAGCUGGUAGAGUUUGGCCUUGCGCCAGUCCGGGAUACGCUAUUCGCACCGUCAAUUGCUGCUCAACUAUAUCCUCCGCCUGGCGAGCAAGACAACGCAAACGACAUACACGGCGAAUGGCUCCCUCGCUCGUUGCCCCGCAAAGGAAAACCCGGAGCAACUGGCAAGCCCACAGGGUCUUCACCAGCACCCCUCAGCUUCUCAGAGAUCGAGACCAACCCUGCUUACCAACCCUUCUACACCGACCGCCGGGUGACCCGCUUCGUCUACUCCCGGCAUCAGACGGACGUCCACAACAGCCACAGCGAAUACCACCCCCCAACACCCGACAUCAUCUCGAACCUUCACCACGAAAACGACGAGUCGCCAUGGUUCUUCGGCCAAGACGUGGAAGCCACCCGUAUCUCGUCUCCCACAACUCAAGCAUACGAUUCCGGCGAGGAUGAUCUAGCUGCCGCCGUCGCUGCGCACAUCGAGAACAAACUGGUACUCCGCGACGGCGAAGAAGAAGUCGAGCAAGUCGUUGUUACUACUAGGCGGAGACGCGUGAGGAGGGAGGGCACGGAAGAGGAUGAGGAGGGUUUCUUCGAGGAUGACUGCGAGGUGCUUGACUUUGCGGAGGAUAGAGUGUGAAGGCGGGCUGGGCGGCUUC